AUGAUCCCCUCCAAACUGCUUUUCAUUGCUUUCGCCAGCAUCCUCAGCUCUGCUAUUGCUGCACCUGCCGAGAAGAGAGGCGAUUCCUCCAACAAUGGAUACAAUGGUGAUCUGGCAGACAACUUCAAGUCCUUCUUCCAGAACUUUGGCGGCUGGUCUUCCGAUGGCAACUCCAAUGGCGACCUUGCCAAGGAUCUCUGCAACUUCGCAACCGGCUUCGGAGGCAAGCUUUCCGACGAGGACGCUCAGUACUGGGCCGAUACCUUGACCAACAAGAAGAACACCGGCGAUUUCAAUGGUUGGUGGGGAGGCAACGGUGGCCAAGGUGGCUACGGCUGGGGAUCCGGUCAUGGAUUCGGUAGCUGUGGAACUGGGUCUGGUAAUGGGGGCAACUGGGGAACUGGAUCUGGAUCUGGAAACGGAGGCAAUGGUAAUGGCUGGGGCAACAAUGGCAAGUCUUCAAGAAGUCUCAUCGCUAGAGGAUCUUCCGGAGGCUACGGCGACUCCUUAACCAACGGCCAAGGCUGGGGCUCCGAUCAAGGCUCGCAGGGCCAGGGCUCUAGUGCUAGUCAAGGUUGGAGUUCUGGUCAAGGUAGCGGCUCUGGAAAAGACGGUUCUGGCAACUCUGGUAAUAGCUGGGGUUCUGGAGAUACCGGCAGUAAGGGAAGCUCCGGAAGCUCCAGCGACAGUUGGGGCAGCGGAAGUAACAACCAGGGCUCUUCUUACGGUGGCAGCUAUGAAAGCUCCGGACAAGGCUCUUUCAGCGGCGGCUGGGGCGAAAGCGGCAACAAGGGAGGAUCUGGUGGUGACGAAGGUUCCUCCAGCAGUGGUUGGGGAAACAGCCAGGGUUCCUCUGUAAGCAGCUGGGGAAGCGGCAGCGAGGGCUCUGGUAGCAAAGGCUCUUCCUCUGGUGAGAAGGGAUCCAGCGGCAGCUGGGUAGGCGACAACCAAGGCUCUGGUAGCAAGGGCGGAGACUCCAAGAGCGGUGGAUGGUAA